UCGGGCAUGCGCACUACAACAAUCAGGAUAAACUACUUGAAGCGGCAGGAGGUUCACAGUUAGCGUUAGCAAUCUAACCAAGCGUUGUUGAAUAUUUACCUUGAGCGUAUCCUUAAUACACCUAUUUGUACUGGUCUAGGAUCAGAUAUGGCCCGUGGGCACCAGAAGUUCCAGUCCCAGCAGAAGAAUGCCAAAAAGCAGGCAGAGAUCAAGAAGAGCAAAGGCCAUGACCAGAAAGCAGCAGCAAAGGCUGCUUUAGUAUACACAUGCACUGUGUGUCGGACACAAAUGCCAGACCCGAAGACUUUUAAGCAGCACUUUGAAAGCAAACAUCCAAAGUCGCCAAUGCCCCCGGAGCUGGCUGGUGUGGAGGCAUAACAGAUUCACCUCUUUCAGUAAGACAGUUUGGGCUCAUUCAGGACGGGAUUCUACAUUUUGCAAUGUUUCAGAUCAAGUAUCCUCAAACACAACUUCAGUUAUUCCUCAUGCUGUUAUACUUAGCAGGUGAUGAAUGCGUGUUUUAUGCAGGGGUGGUGUUUGCCUACUUUACCCAUUGGCUUUUGCUCAACAUUGAAUUUGUGCAAAAAAAUAACUUCUUGCCAGAACUUUGGUCAGGGGCCAGUACUGAAGGUAGACGCACUGCAGCCAACUACUCUCUCUCGGCUUGUGCCAAAAAUAAGAAACCCACAAGUUCAUUGAUUGUAUGCAAUUUUUUUUUUUUCUUCCAAUGUUAUGCUAAUGAGCAGCUUGUCCAUGGGCUCUAGCACCGUUACACCAUCUCAGGGCUCCCACUGGUUCAGGAUGAGCUUUGAGUUUAAAUGAACACAGGUUUCACACUGGCUCAGAUGAACAAAGUUUUAGUACUGAAAUGAUUGAAAGUCUUCUACAUCCGAAUCUUAGUGUACUGUAAAACCCACCUUGGAUUUCUGAUUGUGGGUUUGUCAUAAUUAAAGUUUCUGCAUAACGUGGGAUUAUGCAUUCAGAAAGAUGUUCAUUCCAAACCACUAUCAAUGUGUUCAUAUGAGUAAAUUCAGUUUUACUUUUAACCUGCACUGACUUUUCUCUUUUUUUUUUUUUUUUGCCGCAAUAAUUUCCAGAAUGAAUAGUUUGUAGGUUUUGAUAAUAUGAAGACUAUAUUAAACUAAUUGUGCUACACGGGUACUUAUAAUUUUCCCCUCAGUUUUCCGCAAAUUCGACUCAACGUUCACUAUGUAAUGAACGAGUGAAGACUGCACUGACGAGAAAAAUGUCAAUAUUUUAAGAAUAUAUUUUGAGAAUUAUAUCAGACAAGAAAAAAAUGUAAUAUUUUGAAGAAAAAAAAAUCUGUUUUAUAGGUGUGAAAUCUUUUAAUAGAAAUUAAGAAUUUUAAGUCUAUUGGCUUAGAAACCAAUUCUGUGGUGCAGUUGGUUCAGAUGGUAAUUUUGGCAACUUG